UUCACUCUACUCCAAAAUGGCACCAACAGUGCUCUCGUAGGUGAUUCUUCAGUGUUUUUCGACACACUUUAGCCACUUCUGCGGGUGUACCCGCUAGUCGUCGUCAAUCAUCCCUUCUGGUUGACUAAAAAUGACAGCGGGCCCGAGUCUGGUGGUGCCUAUAGUCCUCUGGGGGAGGAUAGCACCGACUCACUGCAUAUCGUGUAUUUAUUUAUCGAGGGAUCAGAAGACACUCGUCACGGGAUGCUACGACGGACAGAUCUGCCUCUGGCAGGUCGACCCGGACACCCUAAAGAUGACACCAAGAUGUCUGCUAGUUGGACACACUGCACCGAUAAUGUGCCUGAGUCGUGCGAGUGUCAUAAUGGAGCAGAAUUAUAUCGUGAGCAGCAGCGAGAGCGGGGAGAUGUGUACCUGGGAUUUGGUGGAUGGAAAAUGUCGUGAGGCCGUUAAAUUGAAUAAUAUUCACACGCAGAUGCUUCCCUACGUAUCAGCCGGUGGAGAGGAUGUCAGGUUGUUCUGUUCUGGGUAUUAUCCUGAAGUAUUGGUGAUGGAUCCAUUCAGUCUGGAAGUUCUCUUCACCCUGAGCUCUCGUGUUAAUCCAGAUUGGAUCAGCGCACUCCACGUGCUACGCCCGGCCCAACGGAAAGGUCGGUUCUACGUGCACACAAAUGAUGUGGUACUUGCACUCACCACCACUGGGACUGUCAAAGUCUGGACGUUAUUGGGACAUGAAAAUCGCAAUAGCGAACCACUUUAUGAACACGAGAGCAAACAAAUCCGGUGUCUCAAUGCACUAGCGAUGACCUGUUGCCCUUACAAUCAGAGAACAGUUCUAAUUGUUUGCUCAAAAUACUGGCAGAUAUUUGACGCUGGAGAUUUCUCAGUCCUCUGUUCGGUGACAGCACGACCUGGUGAACGAUGGAUGGCCGGGGAUUUCCUGUCAGCUGACAGAGUCAUCGUCUGGAGCGACGAGGGGCACGGAUAUCUGUAUAAAUUACCCUCAAACAAGCUGAAGGGCAAGGCUCUCAGCAGUAGCGUGGCAGACAGCACUAAUUUCCAUCAGCAGUCGGUCGAUAAUGAUCAGCCAACGUUGUAUUGCAUUCUGACACAACCAGGGGAUAAGCCUCUGUCUUGUCCUCCGGCGAUGCGCCUCGUGACUGUCCAGCGUCAAAACAAAACUGUCAAGUACUUACUCCGAGGCGAUAGCGAGGGUGUUGUGAUCCUCUGGUCAGUGCCCGAGGUGACAUCCCAGCAGCUGCUCCAAAUAACUCAGAAUGAUAAAUUGAAUCCACCGACACUGGCGCCGACGAUAAAGACGAGUUUGGAAACUGCUUGGGAGGAUAUGAAACCACCGCCUGUGGGGAUUUUGGAUCAGCUGGAUUCUGGAGACAGCCAUGGAAUUAAAUUGACAGCUUGUAUUUAUCUACCCCAACAGAGUCGAUUGGUAGUUGGACGUGAGGAUGGUAGUAUCAUAAUCGUUCCAGCGACGCAAACAGUUAUGCUUCAGCUUCUCCAUGGAAAUCACCAGCAGUACGAUGACUGGCCACCUCACCAGGUUCUCCUGGGUCAUUCGGGUCGUGUCAACUGUCUAUUGUACCCCCACAGUGCAGCUCCACGUUACGACAAGGCUCAUCUCGUGUCAGGCUCUGUAGAUUUUGCUGUCUGCCUCUGGGAUCUCUACGCUGGCACCCUCAUUCACAGAUUCUGCGUUCACGCUGGUGAAAUCACCCAGCUGAUGGUACCCCCGGACAACUGCAGCCCGAGAAUUCAAAAAUGCGUCUGCAGUGUUGCAUCAGAUCAUUCAGUGACUCUUCUCUCUCUGGCUGAACGUAAAUGUGUGGUUCUGGCUUCGAGACACUUGUUCCCCGUUGUCACCAUCAAGUGGAGACCUCUCGAUGAUUUCAUGAUUAUCGGUUGCUCUGAUGGAGCUGUCUAUGUCUGGCAAAUGGAGACUGGACACCUGGACAGGGUUCUCCAUGGAAUUAUCGCCGAGGAAGUGCUUUAUGCUUGUGAUGAGAAUACCAUCGCAGCUUCUGGGGGAUCCGCUGCUGGGGGUGAGCUCGGUUUGGCUAAUCCUGCCGUUCAUUUCUUCAGGGGCUUGAGGCAUCGGAAUUUAUCAGCGAUUCGACACGCAACGCAGCGAGGUCUCCAUCAGCUCCAGCAGCUCCACGGAGGCCACGGGAAUGACCACGGUAACCAGAUCAAGUCGAAGGGAGCACCGCUCAUGAUCCAGGGAUUCAGGAGCAAUCCCAAAGAUCCGGAGAGUCACAUUAUGUUCUUCGAUAUUGAAGCUUUAAUAGUACAAUUAUUGAGUGACGAGUAUGGCGCGAUGUCUCCUGGAUCACUGGAGGCACAGGGCCUGAUUUCUGCCUCUGAAUAUCAAAAAGUUGCUGCAUUGACCCAGUCAGCAAGUCCUGAUGCCCAUAAAAAAAUUGCAGACUUUUUCGGUCGUGUGAAGGAUAAGGCGGGCGAUAUGGAGAGAAUUCUCAAGGAGAAAGAUCGACACGGUAUUUUGGCAAAAAUGAAGGAGGGUGCUGAGAAUGUUCACACAAAGUUGCAGGCAAAGGUCGAGAGUGUUGGCCUGAAACCGUCAACACUAGAUGGUGAGGGCUGGAGCAACAGCGAAAGCUCGAGGAAUCCGUUGAAGAGGAAUGGGCCUUUUAGUGAGCCUAACAUUACGAUGGAGAUUGCACAAGUAUUACUGAGUCUUCUUCAUGCGUGGGGCAUGGAUCCAGAUCUUGACAGGGUUUGUGAAGGGAAGCUGGGACUAUUGAGACCUAUGGUUCCAGUGUCCUUUGGGGUAUUAUCAAAAGGAGGUUACAUGUCUCUCCUCCUGCCAACCUGGCAAACACAUCUCGAGCCAGCUGGUGAACCAGCCACAAAACUAGAACAACGUCUGCCAGCUGAAUUAGUCCAUCAGGACCGUUUGACAAAAGCCUUUACCGCACGCGCCCACUGGGAGCUCUCGACAACCCUCACCAGCAAUCACCUCCUGGCAGUGGUCGCUCUCGCCAAUACCCUCAUGUCCAUGAACAACGCGACAUUCGUCCCAGAGCAAGAGCGCAAUCGAAAGAUGCAUAGACCAGGUAAUCGAGCUGGAGUCAAUUGGAAUAAAGCAGAGGAGGAAAACGAGGAAAUGUUCACAGUGCAGCAAGCGCAGAUAAAACAAGGUUGGAGUCUACUGGCGACUCUUCACUGUGUCCUCCUUCCUGAUAAAGUCACAGCAAUGGGUGGUUCCAAGACCUUCAAGCGUCUGCAGGUGGAGAUGAUGGCGAGGAGAUGGCAACACCAGUGCCUCGAGGUUCGAGAGGCAGCACAAGCUCUUCUCCUGGCAGAACUCGGGAGAAUGGGACCCAAAGGAAGAAAAGCCCUUGUUGACAAUUGGUCCCAGUAUCUACCCAUGUACAGCACACAAGAGCCAAUAAUUCCCCAACCUCAGAAUCACUCACCACCUCCCGGCAGUCCUACUCCAGUCGUCGAGACACAUCCGGAGGAAGAGGACGAGGAGGAGGAGCUGGCAGAGGAGAUCUGCGUUGCCAGAAAGCCCUCGAGUGUGGCUGAGCUCAAGAGAAAGCAGACAACAGCUGUCGUACUUCUCGGUGUCAUUGGAGCUGAGUUUGGACAGGAUGUCGCUGCUAAUAAUCAGAAACGAGAUAAUGACCAGAGGAGGAAGAGCUCAGUGGUGGAGGGCUUUGGCAUUGGUAAUAAUAAUCUCGCCAGGUUGACAAGCAUGGCACUCAUGCAUCUUCUACAUGCCCCAUCCUCACCAAAACUUCCUCUGCACACAUCACUCAGAAGAGCUGCCAUUGAUCUCAUUGGAAGGGGAUUCACUGUUUGGGAACCCUAUCUCGAUGUCUCUAAGGUCUUGUUGGGACUAUUGGAGAUGUGCUGUGAUGCUGACAAGCUCGUACCGAGUAUGACAUAUGGACUUCCAUUGACUCCAGCUGCUGACACUUGCAGGACCUCCCGGCAUGCUUUAACUCUCAUUGCCACUGCUAGACCUGCGGCAUUCAUCACCACGAUGGCCAGGGAAGUCGCCAGAUUCAAUACCCUACAGCAGAAUGCUCAGACUCUCAAUGUCAACCUAGGAGCUAGUGUUCUCGCCAGGGCUAAACCCGAGAUUCUCAGGAUCGUCGAGCAGCUGAUUGACAAAAUGCAGAGCGAAAUGAGUGAUCUGUUGGUUGAGGUGAUGGACAUUAUUUUACACUGUCUGGAUCCAGGUCACUUGAAGACAAAACCAUUAAACGAGGUAUUCCCAGCAGUUUGCAGAUUUAAUCAGGUCAGUCAUUGUUCAGCAACGAGGAGAAUAUCGGUUGGUAGUAAAAGUGGACAAUUGGCUCUGUACGAGUUACGUGGUACUGUCAAGUGUCAGACUGUCGUCGCCCAUCAAGGGCCAGUUACUGCCUGCGGUUUCUCACCGGAGGGAAAAUUCUUAGUCAGCUAUUCCUGCGCUGAAAAUAAAUUAUGCUUCUGGCAGCAAACUAGCAGUGGAAUGUUCGGCCUAGGAAAUUCCCAGACACGCUGUGUAAAAUCAUAUAGCACUGCACCAAUAAACGACGUAGCAAGAUUAAAUCCAAUGCGGCUGGCCCGUCUUAUUUGGAUAAAUAAUCGCACUGUCACACUCAUGUUGGCUGACGGAUCUGAAACUCGUUUCAAUGUCUAAUUAAUUAACAAGUGAUAAGAGAAAGCGGUGGAAAUAUUUUCUCCGUGAAAAAAAAAAUCUUUUCCAGUUGAUAGUUCAAUUUAUUUCAUCGUCAGCUGACUGAACGCAGGAUAGCAAAGGUAAAUUAAUAAACUCACUAUUGUUUGUUUUCUAAUUAAGCUAUUGAAUGCUGAAAGUAAAUACCAAAAAUACCCGAUAAUGUAUAUAAAAUGUUAUGGGCGACAGUUCGCUGGAAUCGAGCACACAUCACGUGGAUUUUAAUUAUUGAAUUCUGUUAAAGAGUCUGCUCAUCGUUUCACUUCAUCAUUCAAUUUUUUAGUAAGGUUGUUAUUUAUUUACAGUAUGUAUCGCAGAUUGAAUGGACUAUGGAUUGAAUGAAGUGAGGAAUAUUAAACGAGCGAACCAUUACUUUAAUCGGUUAAAUCAUUCCUGCGAGAAAUCUCGAGAAAAGACAGGGGAAUUAUCGAUUUUGUACAUGCAUUAUUAAAGUCAUUUUAUUCCAUUAUCCAAUUAGAAUAAAAAUAGAUUUUUUAUAUGAUAAUAUAGGGAAGCAUUCAAAAAUAUUUGGUUUUUUUUCUCAAUCAUCGAUAAUUUCCUUUGGUCUUUAAAAAAAAAAAUCAAAAUUCGAGAAGAAUUCCUCCUUGACGAGAAAGGUAACAAUUAAAUAAAAUCGGUAAUUAAAUAAUUCUUUUCUCAUUUCAAUCAAUCGAAGUAUCAAUCACCUGCGAAAACUAUUACACAGAAAAACGUUAACCACCGACAAUAAAACGAAGGACUAAAGUUCCCGGUAAUAUAAUUAUUAUGUUAAAUAUUCAAAUAUCAAAAGACUAAUUAACGUCGGUAAUUACUCCCUCACGUGCACUAGCCAGUCCUAACCUACUAGUAUUAUACCCACGUGUCAGUGUGAAGAAUUAAAUUAUUGUUAUCGUAAAUAUCGGAAAAGAUUAAGUAAUUAUAAAUUUAUUGUCACCAGGCAACAGAUUCUGUUUUUCAGCCGAUCAAUGGCUCGUUGUCCUUAAUUCAAUUAAUUCGGUACUUCCCCGAUGCAAUUUCAGCGACAAAAUAAAUGGAACAUGACAAUUCGAUUUUUUAAAUAUUUAAUAUUGAGCAUUAAAUCAUCUCAUUUCGCAAAUGUUUCAGAAAAACGGACAAGACUAUUCGGUAAUAUUGCAAUUAAUAUUAAAAACUCGAGCAUUCGUUGAUUAAAUUAAUUGACCUCUUAUAAUAAAUUAAUUUUCAAACGUUUUCUCUGGCUUGUGUCGGUGAAAAAUAUCGACGAGCCAUUGGUAAUGGAGUUAUGCUUUAUUGCAAUUUAUUUUAUAGUCACAUUGAUAACUCAAGGAUUGUGUCAUAAUUAUUGGAUACAUUCUAAUACAAUUGAAUUGAACCCGCGAAUAUUCCCUCCCAAAAUAUCGAUACCAGAUCCAUUUCCAAACGAAUCAGUGAAUCGAUGUACAAUCGAUCGAACUGUGACGAAAAAAAAAA